AUGGACAAUGUGACACCUAGCAGCCCUCCAGGUGAGACGUACAACUACCUGGCCCUGGUCCUCGGUGUCCCCCUUGUCCUGGUCAUCAUCCUGGGGAACAUCCUGGUGUGUCUGAGUGUGCUCACCGAGCGCUCCCUGAAAACUGCCACGAACUACUUCAUCAUCAGCCUGGCGGUGGCCGACCUGCUGCUGGCAGUGCUGGUGCUGCCGCUCUUCGUCUACUCUGAGUUUCUGGGAGGCAUCUGGACAUUGAGCACCUACAUUUGCGACGCUCUGAUGACCAUGGAUGUGAUGCUGUGCACCUCGUCCAUCCUCAACCUGUGCGCCAUCAGCGUGGACAGGUAUAUUGCGGUGGUGGUCCCUCUGAAGUACAACAGGAACCAGUUCAGUGUCCGUCAGCUGGCUCUCAUCACGGCUACCUGGGUGCUGUCUCUGGGGGUGGCGAGCCCGAUCCUCUUUGGUCUGAACCAGGUGCCGGGUCGCGAUCCAAAUGUAUGCAAACUGGAGAACGACCGGUUUGUAGUGUACUCAUCCAUCUGCUCCUUCUUUGUGCCUUGCCCCGUCAUGCUCCUCUUGUACUACUGGAUUUUUCGAGGCCUGCGGCGAUGGAGCGGUCGGGGUCGAUCUCAGGCGGGUCAAACCGAUCGUCGCGGCCUCUCUUUACGUCUCAGCUCGGCUUUGCGACGAGCUAAAGCCAGAACAACCGGGAGUCAAGGGAAAGUCAUCUAUGCUAUGCCGGCCAGCCUAAGUCCCACCUCCCCAUCCGCUGUCUCCAUGACAACGCCCCCCGAGGAGAAGUUGGACGGGGCGGCGGUCGCAGCGGAGAGCGACCCAAUGACGACACAAAUGGACAGCGUGUCGGACGGCGAGCCCACAGACAGGAGGCGGGGAGGCAGCGGGAGAGAGAACGGCCUAAUGAAGACGAACAUCGUAAGAAACAGAAGAAGAAGAAACAGUAAGAGCAGCAGAGUCAGCGGGAGGGAACGGAAAGCCAUGAAGGUCCUGCCUGUCGUCGUUGGUGUGUUUCUGGCCUGUUGGACACCUUUCUUCGUCAUCCAUGUCACUAAGGUUUUGUGUCAGUCAUGUGACAUUGGCCCCACCCUCAUCUCUGUGGUAACGUGGCUUGGCUAUGUCAACAGCGCCAUCAACCCCAUCAUCUACACAGCCUUCAAUGCCGAGUUCAGGAACGUCUUUCACAAGUUGCUGUGCUGUCGCACAUGA